UCGAUGUAUCGCCACUGCUGUCUUACUCCUUUGUUUUUAGUCUCUGCUUUCCUGCUUUCCAUUCGUGGUUGUACCAUCAUUGUCGUAGAUACAUCAUACGGUAUUCUUGAUACAUUCACACACCACGACGCGUUCACUAAUUCAUUAAUUCAUUCGCGAUUUUUGCGAGAACUUCGCCCGUCGUUUGAUUCGACACUCCCAACAUUCGUUCGCAUGUGAAAUUUACUUUCGACGGAUAAAAAACGCGAGAAAUACGGAGCGGGCGCAAUUCGGUUUCGGACUCGCGCUAAUGCGAUGUGUGACUUAGGUGAUUACAAAAAGGGUGAGGAAUGAAGAGGGGGACCGCGCCAUCAAUGUUUUCGCUGUAAGCGUGUCGGCGAGCUUCGAGCAAAGCCGAAUGCAAAGAAUCUAUCGCGGCAAUAAAUUACCGAAUCCAUUUACGUUCCGUAAAACAGAUAUUUCACUAUUCACUAAUCCAUUAACUCAUUUACAUGCGUAUAGCUGGAACUUUUAAAAUUCCGCGCAAUGUCCCGAUGGAUAGGUUAUCUUGACGCUGUUUACAAAUACACAUCGAAAACAUCGCGUUAAUCGCGAUCGCGCGAAUUAAUAGAUGCACUGGACUGAUCGUCCGUUGUUUAAUUCGGCAUUCGCGAUAUUCGUUCACACACGAAUUCAUUCGAGACGGAUAAGCAAGAUGCGAAGCGAUCGCGGUGUGACUGCGGCAACGGGUGGUGCUCGACGUGAACGUGGCUAUCAUUAAUUUGUGUGACGUCACGUUCAUCACGGUUAGUUUCAUACGAUUACGCGGCAAUAUCUCAAUAUUUCAAGUAAACGGCGUCACUUGCCUCGAUGAACUCGUUGCGGUGAUCCCUCGACGCCUCUCGUCGAUGUUCCUCGAUAUUGCGGAUGAUGAGUGGCACACGCGUUGCUCGUCGAAUCAGCGAAUAACGCGAAACACGCACAAGAGACGCGUAUCGGAAAAUGGAGAUUCGCGACCGAGCGCGAAACGACGAGCUUCGAUUUCGAAACGCCGUGAAACACGCUGAAUGCGAUCGCGCGGACAUAUUAAUACUUCGAGACAAUUUCCCGUUGAAUUCGAUACUUCCGACACUCGUUUGUACGCAAAAUUUGCCCGGAACGUGUAAAGAAAACACAAAGACGCGGAGCAAUCACGAUUCGACUGCAACGAGACGUUCAGCGCGCGAACUACUUUUCACCAAACUACUGUGACGUCACACCGUACGACUAAUUUCAUGCGAUACGUGGCGAUAUCUAUCUCCAGCAAACACCAUCAUCUACCUCUACAAAUCCGCUGCAAUCUUCCAACGCUUCCCUGAAUGGUCCUUGAUGUUUUUGAUGCUCAAUGGCACGAACGAGAUCGAGUGCGAAGGCGCGGAUUGCGUCGAUAUGGAAUAUAGCGACCUCGAUGAAACAGAUAUCGAAACGGUGCUCGACAGUCAUAAUUUUUAUCGCACCGUCAUAGCGAGCGGCAAGGAGAAUCGCGGAAAUCCCGGGCCGCAGCCUGCCGCGAGGACCAUGAUGGAAUUGAUCUGGGACGACGAACUCGCCGUUAUAGCGCGUCGAUGGGCGUUGCAGUGCAAGCUCUUCGAGAAGGAUCAGUGCCGAGACGUUGAACGAUUUGGAGUAUGGCAGAAUAUAAACGUGCUCGACAUGGACAGCGUGGAAAGCGGUAUGAGUAGGGAAAGAAUUCACUUUCAUAUUACAUCGUGGUACGACGAGGUGGAAGACUUCGACAACGCGGAAGUCGGACUGGUGAACUACUCCACCGCGGCGUGGCAACUCUCCUCUUACAUCCCCCUCGCAUCGGCGACGUUCAUUUACGUUGGUUGCGGCCGCGCGAUUUACACGCUCGACUUGAACAAGACCGCGGCGAGUUACCAGCAUCGUGACGCAGUCACGCUCGAUGGGUUUGGGAAUCGGGUCGAGGUACUCGUGUGUAAUUACGGACCCGUCGAUCGCACCGCACCCCGGCAGCUAUACGAGCUUGGCCAGCCGGGCCUGUGCCCGUCCGGGACCCUGCCCAGCGGCCGUUACCAGUUCCUUUGCAGAACAAUCCGAAUGGCGUCGUAGCAGAUCACCGAAGGUAUACCAUCGCCCCAUCAUCGCGGAAAUGUCAAAAUAACUAGAACCCGUGUAGAGGAAAAUAGAACGAAUAACUAGGUAAAGUUCCAUUCUCGCUUUUAUAAUUGGUGGUGUUGGGAUUAACGACGUUAAUUGGUAUAAAUAUAAUAAUCGGUGACGUCACGUUUUAAACAAGCAGUAUAAAUUUUACGACGUAAAAUAAAUUAAUGCAUUUUCAUAUAUCUCCAUUAAUCAUAAGUAUUUAAUAAUGAUCGUAAUUUGAUAAACGCCUCGAAAUUAAAUUAAAUCUAUUAAGUCCAUUCGCCGUGUUUCGCUGCGGAUACGGAAUACAAGUUAUAUAUAAUGGCGUAGUACGCCGUUCUGGAUAUAAAUUAAUACAAAGUUCGAUGAAUUAUAACUGUUCGAUAAAAUGUUGAAAAUAUUUUAACGCCAGGCUAGCGAGAAAAACAGUAUUAUCAAAGUAGAGUUAUUUUGUAUUCUUGUUCAAACGCAUGUAAUUCUCGUAUGAUCACAUGUAAAACAGUAUAAAUCGUGACCUAUUAAACGAACCGUGCACAAUAUAUAUGCGCGCAGUUUUUAUGACAAAACUUCUGCGUUAAAAUAGGCAGCGGCGCGGGAUGCCAAUACUCUUGUGCAUACUCGCCGAAAAAAAAUUGUGGCAACCUGUUUGCGGUUGACCAUACGUGAACGACAAGUACUCGUGCGUUUUGUAAAAAGUGAAUGCCCUAUCGCCGCUUGCGUUGCUUUUCCAUGCUUCGAUAUUCAACCGUUCUGGGUUAUUUCUAGCAUAUAUUCACUGGAAAAAAGCAAACUUGA